AUGGCGCACACAAUCUCUCCCCAAGAGCUGACCGAGAAAUUCAUUGCUCAAUUUACCAACAAGUUGAAGAGUAGUGGCUUGAUCACUCUGCUUAACAGCCAUCUUCAACAGAAAGAUACGGACUCGAGCAUUCUUCAAAUCGACCCUUCCGUCCUGGACCUACACCUGGAGCUCCUGGCCUACGAGAACGCCAUCAUAGUCGCAAGUUCCUUCCCGACCAAACUCGCACAGAGACUGGCCUACCAGCGAGGGAAUAUUCCAGACCCUAAAAAACAAAGCUACUCUACGGCAGCGGCUCAGGCGACUGUCCCAUAUGCCAAUGGCACCAUUUCGAAGAAAGAUCCUCAAUACACACCGGCCUCGGCCACUGUUCAGGCGACUGAUCCAUUCGCCAAUGACAGCUCCACCAAGUCAGAUACUUUUUAUGCACCAGCCUCAACUGUACAGUCAGCUCUAUCAUACACUAACUCCACGAAGACCACCGAGCCAGAUCAAACAUACUUUUCUUCAUCUAAGGAGGCAACAAAACAGCCCGGGGGCGAAACCACAAGGAAGUCCGCACCGAGACCAGAUAGCGGCGGCCGCAGUUCACUCACCCGGGAAACCUCACGGUCAACCAUGAGCCCAGUCCCAGGCACAGGCACAGGUACAGGCACAACCAACGGCUCCAAGUCCGGCUUCUUCGGCAACUAG